GUUAUCCUCACGUUUCAGAGUAAAUGUAAGAACAAGUUGAUGGCCAUAUAAAUUACCAACACGUGAUUGAUUCGUCAAUAAAUCAUAGUUUCGCCGAAAUUAUUUCGUACCUUUCAUUGGGCGGCUGUACUCUUUCUCCCUGAAUCAUAUUUUCUAUGCCUUCUUCUUGUCGUUACCACUGAUACUUCUGUUGUUGUCUUCAUCUCAACAAUAAAAGCGAUGAGAUAGGCUAAAUAAUUAUUAUGCGUCUGCUGAUUCUUGAAGAUCCUGAAGAAGUUGCAGUAUGGGCUGCAAAAUACGUAAUGAAAAAGAUAACUGACUUCAGGCCAUCUGAAUCAAGAUACUUUGUUCUUGGUCUUCCAACCGGUUCAACUCCUUUGGGUAUGUACAAGCGGUUAAUUGAAUUUCACCAUGAUGGCAAACUUAGUUUUCGGUAUGUGAAAACCUUCAAUAUGGACGAGUAUUUGGGAUUAUCUCACGAUCAUCCACAAUCUUACCAUUACUAUAUGUAUCAUAAUUUUUUCAAACAUAUAGAUAUAGAUCCGAAAAAUGUGCAUAUACUCAAUGGAACAACUAAUGAUCCAGAGGCCGAAUGCGAAAUGUUUGAAAUGGAGAUUAAGAAAGCUGGAGGUAUUCACCUGUUUAUUGGUGGAAUAGGCCCGGAUGGCCAUAUCGCCUUUAACGAGCCAGGUUCUAGCUUAGUAUCUCGUACACGUGUGAAAACGCUGGCGAAGGAGACUAUUGUAGCUAAUGCCAGAUUUUUUGGAGAUAAUAUGUCUCAGGUUCCUGAGCGUUGUUUGACAGUGGGAGUUGGAACGGUAAUGGAUGCUAAUGAGGUUAUGAUUUUAGUCACUGGAAGUUCUAAAGCAUUAGCAUUGCAGAAAGCAAUCGAAGAGGGAGUAAAUCAUAUGUGGACAGUAUCUGCUUUUCAGGGUAGUAUCGAUGAAACAAAAAAGAUUAUAUGGAAAAUAGAAUUCGCGAACAAUGAAUGUGUUCUUUUGGUACACCUUUCAACGAUAAACUGCCACAAAACCUCUCAAUCUACGUAGUCCAAAUCCGCCUUCAGUUCAAAAAUGUAACUAUAGCAGACCACCGACAGCAGCUCGCCUAUGGUAAAAAUUCAGCUUUAUCUAAACGUUCUCGAGUCACUGCCUGGUUGAAAAUUGUAUGUUGCCACCAAAUAUGAGUACUGAAGCAGUCUUUCUGAAACCACGUGCACCAUUCAAACUGGUUGCCUUCAACGUUCGCACACUUAUGCAGGUCGGACAACAAAUAAGGCUGGCUAUGUCUUUGGAAAGUCUUAAUAUUGACGUUUGUUGUCUAUCCGAGACCCGUAUUCAAGACUCUGGUGAAGUACUACAAGUUCGGUGUCACCAUCUUGAAACACCGA